AAGAAAAAGAAAAAAAAUUCCGAUUUAAGACAAUACGAUAAAAAAAAAAUGACUUCCGCAGUCUCUCCAAAUCCCCUCUCAUUUUUCCCGCCAAAAAGACUCAAACCCUUGAACAAGCCCAUCUUCGCCUCUUCGACGCAGGGAUCAUCGCCGACGGACGAUGAGCCCGGGCCCACAUCGGACCUAACGAAGCUGGCCCUAGCCAAGGCCGAGGCUUACAAGAAAGCCAAGAGCUCUGCUCCGGUUCCGGUCACCGACGGUGACGAUAAGGGAAAUGACGAUCCUGUUAAGUUCGCCAUGGAGAGAGCUAAAGAGUAUAAGAAGAGCAAAGGGCAAAUUAAAAAUUCUGAGGAUAUGAAGGUAACAAAGGAGAGCUUACUAACCAACAAGGUUAAAAAGAAAGGAGAGCCAAACCUUUCGAGCAUUGAUUUUGUGGGGUUUGAGUUCUCUGAGAAGAAGAGAUAUAGAGGGUUGCCCCCAGGAUUGGCUCCCCCUACCGAACCUCUUUUGGAUGGACAACUUCCUGAGGUAGAGCUUAUUGUGGGGGAUGCCAGCAAGUUGGAGGUUACAACACCAGAACAGAAGAAUUCAGAGUUGGAUUCUGAUAACAUAGAUGAAUACAAGCCAAAGGUCUCUACAUGGGGAGUCUUUCCAAGGCCAAGCAACAUUUCUAAGACGUUUGGUGGUGGACGAACCAUUCAACCUGGUGAAGUACUUGAAACAGUUGAAGAUAAAACAGCUAAACAAAAGCGUACUAGAGAAUUAAUUGCAGCAUACAAAAGAAAGAUGGGCCUGAGCAUCGAUGCCAAAACAAAAGCUGAAUGUGAGAAGGCACUGAAAGAAGGUGAUAACUUGAUGGAUCUUGGAGAACUGCGAGAAGCACUUCCCUAUUAUGAGAAAGUGAUGAAGAGUGUAGUUUUUCAGAGUGAGCUACAUGGGUUGGCUGCUCUGCAGUGGUCAAUUUGCCAAGAUUCACUUAGAAGGUCAAGUGAGGCACGAGCAAUGUAUGAGAAGCUCCAAUCUCACCCAAAUGUCCAAGUGAGCAAAAAAGCAAGACAGUUUGUGUUUAGUUUUCAGCUGGCGACACCGAUGAACUGAUGGAAACCAAACGAUCAAGAAUGCAAGCGGUUUCCCCUGCGUAAUCUUCUUGCCUUUGGAAACUAGCUUAAAUGUCGAGGCUUGAGAUCUCUCACAAUUAUACGAUUGCAGAUCAAUUCAUUGAAGACUAUGUAUUCCGGCAGCUAUUUGAACGUGGAGAAACUCGCUAGAUUUUACUUUUCCAUCUUUGUUUAUAGUUUCAAGUAUUGAAGCCCUUGGUUAUGUCGUUCUACUGAGAGGAGAUUGAAUGUUGACUCUAAUAUGAACUUAUCAUGUAAUUUUUAUAAUAUUUCAGCAAUAAAAGGAUGCUCAAUAACUAAAGUUUCUUA